AAGACUAUUUUUACUUUAAUGGUUCACGUUCAAUCGAGUUAAUUCAAUUGCUGCAGCUAAAGUGGGGAGAUCGGGCACCCAAAAAAAAUCGUUGGCAGGAAAAGAUUUAAAUUCGUGUUCAUCACCUGUUCUGCUGUAAUACCUAUUCGCACAGCAUCAUUCUUCUUCAGAGGACAAGUACAACUACAAAGACAUUAUUUCAUCAGCAUGGUGCACAGAAAGUUACAGAUCUUGUUCAAACAGGUUGCAAAAACGCACACCUUAUUCAUAUUCAAUGCCCGCUCCUUUUUAACCUCUGCUCAUUUCUUAAACAAGUUCGACUCAUUGCAAGACAGACAAACACAGGGCGUUGUAUUUCGUACGACGCAGACAGCCAACGUUAUACAAUUUACCCAAGUCAUUGAUGCCCUCUGUAAAUUUGGCCACACAGACAAGGCCUGGGACCUUUUUCACUUAGCGAAAGGACAAGGGCUUCCUCUCAACGUGAAAUCAUUCAGCGUGCUUUUAGGUGGUCUUGGUCGUGUGGGUGAUUUCUCUAGAAUUAUUUUGCUUCUUGAGGAAAUGAAAGAGAUGGGUGUUGAUCCAGAUAGCAUAAUCUACACAGAGGUGAUACAAUCUUUGUGUGUGGGGGGUCAAAUUGAUGAAGCAUUUGAGUUUUUCUGGGAAAUGAGUCCUGCUAAUUGCUAUCCGGAUCGUCUUACUUAUAGCACCCUUAUAAAUGGUCUAUGCAAGGAAGGUAGAGUAGAUGAAGCCCUUGUUUUAGUUGGUAAAAUGAUACAAGAUGGCAUUUCUCUGGACACUAUUAUAUAUAGUACCCUAAUUAAUGGUCUCUGCAUGGUGGCUAGAGUAUACGAAGCUCUCGGAUUAUUAGCUAAAAUGAGGUAUGCGCUUUGUUUUCCGAACAUUGUAAUAUAUACCACCCUGCUUGAUGGUCUCUGUAAGAAAGGAAGAGUUAAUGAGGCUCUUGAAUUACUAGCUGAAAUGAUACAAGAUGGUUUUGCUCCUAAUCUUAUUACAUACAAUGCCCUAAUUGAGGGUUACUGCAUUGUAUGCAGAGUAGAUGAGGCUAUUAGAUUAGUAGCUAAAAUGAGUCAGGCUAAUUGUUCUCCAGAUAUUAUUACGUAUGGUACCAUAAUUCAUGGUCUUUCCAAAAUCGGUAGAUUACAUGAAGCUCUCGGAUUUGUAGCUAAAAUGUUACAAUCUGGUUAUUUUCCCCAAAUCUACAUCUGUACUAGCUUGAUUAAUGGCUUUUUCAGGGCUGGUAAAACGAAUGAGGCAUGCAAUCUAUUUGUACAAAUGAUUAAGUUUGGACCUUCUCCAGAUAAAUCUGCAUUUAAUACAGUUAUCGGUGGACUGUGCAAAGAUGGCAGGAUGGACAUGGUUCAUGAGUGUUUAAAUAAAAUGUUCAGUAAGGGUUUGGAGCCAGAUGUAUUCACUUAUAGUUCUUUGAUAUAUUGUCUAUGCAAAAAGCUUCAGGUGGACAAGGCUAGAGUGUUAUUCGAAGAGAUGGUAACAAGAGGCUGCUUACCAGAUGUUGUGACUUACAGUUGUCUGGUUGCUGGUUUAUGUUUGUGUGAUAGGGUAAGUGAAGCAUGUGCACUUCUGACAGAGAUGGAAAACAGAAGCUAUCAUCCCGAUGUGGUGACAUAUACUAUCCUGGUUUCUGCAUUCUGUAAGACAGAAAAGUUGGACAAGGCAUGGGAAAUAUUCAACGAAAUGGAGAAAAGGAAUUUGAAACCUGAUGUAGUGAUAUACAAUGCAAUGAUUGAUGGUCUUUGUAAGGCAGGUAAUCUUCCUGAUGCAAAUGCACUGAUGAUUAAAAUGGUUCGUGAAGGCGUGACCCCUAAUGUGUGCACAUAUACUGAUUUUAUUGACGCAUAUUGCAAAUCUGGUGAAAUGGAUAAGGCUAUGUGGCUUUUUGAAAAUGUGAAAACAGUUGGCAUUACUCCAGAUGUUGUUACCUAUACUGUUCUAAUUGACGCUUUCUUUAAGGAAAACAAACUGGUUUAUGCUUUAUCACUGCUGGAUGAGAUGAGAGCAAAGGGUUUGGUUCCAGAUCGUCGCCUGCAAAAAGUUAUCUCGUGGUAUCUGAGAUGAACAAACAACAUGGUGCUACAGAUUGAACAACUACUUGGCUACUUGGACUGGCUGUUUGUGCUGGUCAAAAUUAAAAGAAGCUCUAAAUAAUGAUGCUUUUGUCAUUUCCAGGUUAUAUACAUGUUUGUUCAGACUCUCAUAUGUUUUGUGAGAAACAUUUUCAAAUUCUAAUAGGGAACUGCAAAUGAUGCCUAAGAUUCCGGAGGAAAGCUAUGCAGGUUCUACCACAGACAAUGUUGUGUUUGGAAUUCUUGAUGAAACAUUGAUGAAAAAAUGAUUGGUUGCCAACAUUUAUUGAUGAUCUACUUGUUUCCACAAGAUGAAUUUCAAUAUCCCUUAAGAAAGAGGAAAUGUACAGUUCCCAAAUUGUCAUUUCCUGCAAAACCCGAGACUCUGUAGUUCAAUGCUCUCCAUUCAUUAUGUCUGGAACUUAUUCUGCAUUUCAAGGUCAAAGUUUACAUCAAAUAUAUAUGUAUAUCACAAUUAAGUUUUUAUGCUGUCAUGAUAUUUAAUAGUUUGAAGAUUAGAUCUUCUUGUAUAACAAUGUGAUGCUGUCUUUCGAGAUUGAACUUCUCCCACGUUAACCGUAAGUGACGGUUAAGUUUCCGGAGCAAGGAUUUGAUGUUGGUGCAGAACAUCGAGCUUUUGAUGAAUCCAUAAUAUCGGAUCCAUGUACAAAUGAGACAAAUGCAUGUUUGAAAUAUAUUUUCACUAACUUAGAGGUGAGUUACUGCUGGUCAUUGAUUUUGACUAGAGCAUGCAAGCAUUGGGACAUAUAUUGUCACAUUCUAGUGACAUUUCUAAUAUACACAGAUGCAUGCAUGUAUAUCACUCAUUAGAAGAUGCAAUUCAAAACAAUGUAUAUAGAUAUCUUUGUAACUGUGAAAUUUUCAGUUAUUUUCAUUCUAUUUGGAUAGAUCUGUUGGUAUGGGUCAUUUACACGUGUGAAUUGAAGCUAAAUUGGUGGGGGUUAUAUAA